AUGUGUCAUGGUCCUAGCUCACCAAACAUUUCUACUCGCAAACUCGGCAAUUCUAGCUUAUCUAGCACGGCUGCCAGUAGCUCAUUUCUGGAAGACAUGGCAAAUGUGGGUGGGCCAACAAUUCUCAAGAGGACUCUUGGCAUGCAAAAUGAUCGAUUCAGUCAAUACAUUGGGCUCACCACUGAUUUUGAACCAUCGCUCAUCAACCUCUCCGCUUUCGAUCCGCAGGACGAAAGUCUGUUGUCCAGAGGUACCUUGAGAAAAGUAAGCGACAACGACACCUUUCUGAUGCUGCCAGACGACAGUACACCGGGAUAUGAUCAUGUGAUGGAAGAUUUAGAUGCCAUCGAGGCCGUGGUAUCGCCAAAUGGGCGUCAUUUGAUUGACUUGUACUUCCGCAUCGUUCAUCCAGCGUUUCCAAUCAUUCAAAAACACGUCUUCUUGGAGAAGUACGAGCGAUCCCACCGAGAGUUUUCGCCGCCUAUCCUGGCUGCAGUAUAUAUUUUAGCCAUUAAUUGGUGGGAUCACAGCGAAAAGCUCUCGAACCUACCUCGUCCUGAUGUGCGAGAACUGGAGAGACUCAUCUGCAGCACAUUAGCAGAUGCCAUGAACAGGCCAAAAUUAUCUACUAUUCAAGCCGGCUUGCUCCUAUCCCAACGUCCAGAAGGGGACCAGUGGGCGCCAACAGCUCAACUUGUAGCUAUAGGUCAAGAGCUCGGGUUGCAUUUGGAUUGUUCAAUCUGGAAGAUACCUCCUUGGGAGAAGGGAUUGAGACGCAGGCUGGCAUGGGCACUAUACAUGCAGGACAAAUGGGGCGCCUUGGUACAUGGACGACCGUCCCAUAUAUUCUCAUCCAACUGGGGCGUGCGAGCCUUGACUGCCAACGACUUUCCAGAUGUUGAAUGGGAUGAGGACGACUCAGAUGAGAAACAAGACAUUGAGAAGGGCCGGCUCUUGUUUACUCGUUUUGUGCAGCUGUCUGAGAUCCUGGCAGAGAUCCUCGAGACAUUCUACACUUUGAACUCGACACAGAAUAUCGCCGAUGCCGGCCCUCAAGGCACUCAGCUUGUUUUGUCCCUUGCCAAACCGGUUCAGCUGAAACUUAAGGAAUGGUAUAGCGGUCUGCCGGCAAACAUUCGUCUCGAAUCCUACUCUAUGACGAGUUAUUCCCCCGUUUCGCCACCCUCGACGAACAGACUAUCGAGUAUUGGAUAUCUCCACCUGGGGUAUUUUGCUACGGAAAUCACACUACACCGUAGAAUCAUCCGUUCACUGGCAUCAAAUCCAACCACCGUGGAUCCUUAUGUCCAGCAUAUUUGUCGAAGCGCAGCAAAAGCCCGUCUCAUCUCGGCCAUGGACUUUGUCAAUCGGCUGACCCCGAACCACUUGCGUUCGUUCUGGUUUUUCGCAUCCAAGACUAACUUUGCACUGAUCGGAACAUUUGGCUCCCUGUUGUGGGCAACGUCUCCAGGUCGCGAAGAAGCCGAUUGGUACCGUCGUCGCUUAGGGGAGUAUCGAUGGACUCUCUCAGUGAGUUCCAAACCCGGCGAGAGCAAAGCCCUGACGCAAUUCGCGAUAUCCAUGCUAGACAUCUCGACCGGGUUGUUGAAGAAGCUACCGGAAAAGCCAUCCAUGAGUCGGAGUGGAAGCUUAGCCGACAUGUCAGCGCCAUCUGGCCCGCCCUCAUUUCCGGGGUCGUUCUCUGGCGGCGGCAGCCUGAUGGGCCAGUUCAGCAACAUUCACAGCGCUGAUGUGAGCAGCGCACAAAGUCCCCGAAGUGAUGAUUCAAGCAGCGACGACGAGAUGGAAGACAGCUAUGCGACCCCGAUAUGA